CCGAACCAAGUCACCAGUUCGGUCUCCUGUUCCGUCUUCCCAACCCAGGCACCCGGCUCGUCUGGAAACAUGGAGCUGCCACGCCUCCGCCGCUCGCCGCCGGCGCUUCCAGACCACCUCCUCGAGGAAAUCUUCUCCCGCCUCCCUCCCAGCGAACCCUCAUGCCUCCUCCGCGCCUGCCUCGUCUGCAAGCACUGGCGCGACAUCAUCUCCGCCCCCAGCUUCCUCCGCCACCUCCACGCGCACCGCCGGGCACCCAAGAUGCUAGGGUUCCUCCAGCACUCGGAAGGUGAUGAGAAUCUCCCCGUAUACGUGCCCACCUCCCCCUUCUCCUUCCCCGUCCCCGACCCCCGCGCCUGGCACGUCCUCGGCUACCGGCACGGCCGCGCCGUAUUCGUCUCCGAUACUACCGACCGGGAGCUCCUCGUCUGGGAGCCGUUCACGGGCAACUGGUGGAACGUGCCGGUACCCGCGGAACUCAAGAUCGGGCACUCCAACGCCACCGUGCUCUGUGCGGCGGAGGGGUGCGACCAUCUCAACUGCCACGGGGGGCCCUUCCGCGUUGUCUUGGUGUUCACCAGCCCCUUCGAGGAGGAAACGGAGUGGCUCACGUCGGCGGCCGUAUACUCGUCGGAGACCGGCGCCUGGGGUGAGGUGGCCUUGGCCUUGCCCUGGCGCGAUGGCUUUUCCUUGCUCUGUGAGAAUCCUGGCCUGCUCGUGGGGAAUUCUCUGCUGUACUUCCUGUACCUUGAUGGGCACAUCCUCGAGUACAACUUGGCUGAGCAUGUCCUCAAUGUGAUCAACCCACCGGAACCGGACAAUGAUGCUGCAUUCUCGCAGAGAGUUAUGCUGGUUCAGGCGGAGGAUGGUGGGCUGGGAAUUGCUAAAGCUGAUGACGGUGGGUGGAAUCAUCUCUACCUCUGGUCAAGGAAGGUCAGUGAAGGAGGUGAUGCAGAAUGGGUGGAGUGCCCGUUCAUGUACCUCGGCGAUUCGCUUCCAUUUGCUGCUAGGUCGUCGUCCUCAAGAAUAACAGUGUUUCUGAUGGGCUUUGUCGAGGGAGCAAAUACCAUUUUGGUGAGCACGGUUGAUGGCUUCUUUUCAAUCGAGCUCCAGUCCAAGCGGGGGAGGAAGAUGUGCAAGGACCGAUGCAGGGCCUACCCUUUGGUUCCAGUUGUCAGCUCCUACUCUAUACUCCGGGUACCUCAAGUUGAGCACGACAGCCUGGGCUCUCCGGACUUCAAUGGUGAGUCAGAUGAUGAGGAGUGGGAGUGGGAAGCACUAAGGCAGGCAGAGUCGCUGUUUUACAGUGGGUCCAUGGCCAUCAAGGAGGGGGACUUUGUUGCCGCUGUUGAUUGCCUCAGCCGCGUCCUGGCGAUCAGGGUUGCACAUUAUGGUGAACUUGCUCCGGAAUGUGCUAGUGUGUAUUACAAAUAUGGAUGUGCCUUGCUAUGGAAAGCUCAGAAGGCAACUAAUCCUCUGGGAAACCUUCCCAAGAAGGGUACAAUCAGCAAAGCUCACAGUGAAGAAUGGGAAAACUCAAAUGGCGAAGAUCAGGAGGAUAGGAAGGGUGACAAUGAGAUGGCAGGCGCUGGAGAUGUUUCUGAUGUGGAUCUUGCUGGGAAAAUGCUAGAUACUGCAAGAAUAAUAAUGGAAAAGACCGCAGACAACACUGUGGAGAUAUCAAGAAUCCUUUCUGCUCUCACUGAAGUCUCCAUGGAGAAGAGAAAAAGAGGAAUUAAUUAGACAAGUCACUCGGUGAAAGUUUUAGGCAUCCUGGAGCAUUUACCUAACUGCAUUCUGUUUGCGGUAUGAAAUUGUCAAUCGUCUGUCAUGUAGCAGUACUAUCUGCAUCCUUCCGGAGUCCUAGGAGGACUCCCUGCACCUGGCUGCUUUGUCUUGGAGCUUCCUCCAUUAUGUAAACCGUGUAUACAGAACCAGAAAAGUGGCAAGGAGGCUCAGAAAUUCCACUUGAGAAGAUGAGAUAAAGAUCAUUACCGACAUCAUAUCCCUCUUUUUGAUGUCGGAACAGAAGGAAGAUCAUUACUAGCUCAGAAGGUGGUGAUACUAUUCAUUAAAGCGGCGACGCCCGUGAGCGCCGCCCUUCCAUCCUGUCAAAUCGCGGCAUCAAUGCCGGUCGCUGCAUGCUUUGGCAUGGCAAGCGGUGUGGGCGUUCGAUGGAAAGCAAGGGAGAGGAAGGUGGUCUUUUUUUGGUGGGCCAAGGUGGUCAGACGUCGACGUGGCGGCGGUCUGGACGCUCGCAAAGCCCCCCUAGUUUGUCUUCAGUUUGCUGAAAAAGUAUGUCUUCACGCACAACAAGUCCCCGCGCGGUCCAGAUGUAUAUGCUAGUACGCAUAAUAACCUGUUUUUUUUGUUUUUGUAUGUCUUUUUUUUACUGGUAAAAAAAAUGACAUUGUCUGGCUGUUGCAUUUCUUUAUAUUUGUGCGUGCAGCAGCAGUUUGACCUCAAUGGUGUAAAAUUAUAAUUUUUUGUCUAGUAUGGAAUUCAUUUUUCUAGAAGUUGCACUAGUUUACAGUUAUUCUUUCAGGGUACAAAAUAAUGCAAGUUUUGUGUAAUUUGUGUGCAAAUUUUGAGUAUAUUGUUUGUGUGCGUGCGCGCGUCUCGGUCGAGUGUCGGAUCUUGUAUCCGAGCCGGCCUAAGUCCAGCACCGAGUUAGGUUGGGUGUGCGCGUGUUGACGUGCAUAAUAAGUACUCCUACAUACUCCCGCCCUUAAUUUGGCUCCUAAUAAAAUCUAGGGACUGUCUAUCCUACAUACUCCCGCCCUUAAUUUGGCUCCUAAUAAAAUCUAGGGACUGUCUAGGUCUCAGUCGACUGAGACUGAGACUCAGUCGGCUGACGUCAUCAUAUGUAGAUUAGGCAUGUUAAGUAGCUUUUCAUCUGCUGGGUUGAACCGGCUUAACACCUGGGCUGGUUUCUCUUUUCUUGUUUGUUUGUUUGUUGGGCUGGGUCAUGACAUUGUUUGCUUGUGGGCCCGGACGACAUAGAAAAAAGACAAAAAAACUUAUUUGCUGCUCUGCUUUAUGAACUGUACUUUUUGACUGAACUCAGGCAAAACCCCAUGCCCACAAGCAUGGAGAAACUCACUUGUGUAAGGGCGUCUGAUCUCUUCUCUGAUUUUCACCCCCUCCCACCUUUCCCCCCACCUUCUCUUCUCUGAUUUGUUCUAGAUCUGAUUUUCUUUUCUCUCUUCUCAUGUUUGUAACAGCAAUCCUGCAGCAGUAAGGAAGAUUCCUGAUGGGACAUAGGUUAGAGUUAUAAUUUGUAGGAAAAUUAGAGAAGAGGCAAAACUGAAUCAAGUAGUAUUUGACUGGCAUGUGUGUUGUAGCAAUUCUGACAGCAGAAAAUAAUUUUAUUUUUAAUUGUAUGUCCAUGAAAAAAUGAUGUUGGACUCCUCCCCACAAAAGUUGUAUAUGGAUUGAUUGGUUCAUGUUUUAGGACAGAAUAUGGCUUGGUAAUUAAAACAGAAAUCAGUAGGGUGCUGCCCUCUCCCCUGCACAAGACACUAAGGAGAAAGACUGAACUUUUUUCAAGAUUUGCCACAGUGGGGUUGUAUUACAAGCAUAUACAUGACCCUGCCUAGUGUACAGAAAAAUAUGAAAAAAAAUGUAGCAUGGUUAACAUCUAGUUCGGCGACUACAGAAGAUCAAGAAUGUAUAGUGUGAACUAAGAAAAAAGAAACAGAGGCAUAGAAAAAAUGAACCUUUCUUGUGGAUGGUCAAAUAUACUUCAGCAACAAUGUUUUCUCUUCAUUUUGUAGGUGCUGGACGGAACUAUGGCAAAAGAACUCCAAACAGCUGCGGACCAGUCCCAGUUAAUCUGCUGACACCGGUUCAUCCAUACCUUGGUGUCCAACAUGUGCAGCAUCAACAAACUGUGAUGAAUCUGGCAUCCCAACCAUCUUCAAGUGCAUUUGCACAACAUGUAUGUGCUUUCAUGAACAACAAGAAUAAACUCUUUAAGUUAUCUGCCUUGAUGAAUAUAAUCUGGUACUCUGUUGCACAUGCAUCAAAUUGUAACAUGCAAGAAAAGUAAAAAAAUGCAGGGUCAUUCCGAAUGCGAGUGCCUCAGUAAAUAAAUAAUAAUAAUCUCAGUAUGUUGAAUGCCUUAGAAAAUUCAAACAAGCAUUGGCAAUGCUCAGUGCAAGCAAGCAAUUGAAGGGACAUCAGUAAAAACCAAGUACAAGUACAUCACAUAAGAAUUCAAUAGUUACCUUUGAAAAAAUCUCAGCUACCUACCUCUAUUUCAACGUCAGCCAUGGAAUUUGUUCUCUUCAUUUCGCACUCAGAAAAGUACGAGGUCAAGCCAAACAAAACACUAAUUCACUCCCUCAGAUUCGUGAUUCACACCCAAAAAAAGC